AUGGCGCCCGCGCCGAUGGAGAUUGUCUUCUCCCUUGCCCAGGGCGCCAACAAACCCAGCACUGGCCAAGCGGAUUCGUUCAGCUAUCAGAAUGGUCCCGUCAAGGUUCCCGGGCCGUGGAAACGAGGGCGUCCAAAGAUUGCCAGGAAGAAGAUUGUAGAGCCAUCAUACCAGUUUAUCGGCACCUCCAAAGAGAAAAGACAGAUAGAUGCUGCGUCUCGAAUCAAGAUUCGUAGUCAUGCCCGGAAGACGAGGGCAUUUCCAGACACCCUCCAACUGCCACCUGAGGGCCUCAUUCAGGGAAACCUGCAACAGAUCUCGGGAGUGGAUCCGUUUGGCACAGCAUGCAUUCCUCUAGACCCGUACAUGCUCUAUCUUCUCUCUCUCCUUUCCUCCACAUUAUGGACGUAUAUGUACUCCUUGGAGGAAGUUGGCGGUUGGAAUCCGAUUCAAAACUACUGGCUUCCCCUAGCCUUUCACGAUGCUGCGCUCAUGCACUCUUUCCUGGCAUGUACUGACUCGUAUGUGAAGGGAUAUGCAGCUGGCGAAGUAGGGGCGUUUGGGUUGCAUCAUCUUCAACAAGUCAUAUGUAUCGUAAAUAAACGCCUCGCCAAAGUCGAGACUCCUAUAUCUCGAGGAACCAUCGCAGUCAUUUCUGGAAUCUCGUUGCUCGAGGGCCCUGGGCGCCACCGUCACUGGAGGACACACAUGAAAGGUUUGAAGGCUUUGGUAGAACUUUCUGGUGGUUUCGACUCAUUUGCGUCAGAACCAAUGGUUAUGCAAAAGAUAUACCGGGCGGACUUAUAUGGCUCCAUGGAUGCCGGAGAGCUCCCAUUUUUCAGCGGACCAGUUGGGGCUAUUGAUAAAAUAUAUGGGUUAGGGCUGCACAGCGAAAAGCUCGAGUUGAUAUGUGAGAUAUUUGACUCCGAUAUGUCUUUGACCACUUGUAUCCGAGGCCUAGACGAAAUAUCAAACUUUUGGAUAACGAAAAAAUCGACUUCUCCUCACACCAAUUCUGGCAGUGCUAGCGUAGGCGGAGAUGACCCGUCACUUCACGAAAUAGCACGAAUGAGACGCCUACUGACUAGCAUACAAUAUAAGCUUGUUUUGGCCGCUGAGAGUCAGCAUGAGAUGGACUGGUGCCCUUUCCAGAAAGCAAUUUACGAGCUUCUGAGGGUAACUCUCAUCAUCUACGCACUGACGAUACUGAAAGAGCGCCCGCAAACGACAUCCAUUGGGAAGACAGUUUCUAGCUCCUUUCUUCGAGCAUUCAUUGCUGCUGUUGAAAUGGCAAAACACGUUAAAGUUGCCCAAUCAGACCAAUCGGAGGCUGAAGAGACCCGGACGAGAAUUGACACAUGCCCAUUUUCUCCGUUGCAGGCUCUUGUCCCUAUCGACUUUUUUCUGUGGUCGAUUUUCCUCGCGGUUGCGCUUCUACCAACAGGAAAUGAGUUUCGGGAAGGAAAAGAAGUGAAGAUGGCACUUCUGAAUGUGUUCUCCAGCCUGGUCGGUAUCCAAACUCAGCAACAAGAUGAAAUAAAGUCCCAAAUCUCUCAAUAUUUAUGGAUAUCAUAUGUUCAUGAUGGCAUGUUUGAUUCGUUUUGGUCUGACCUCGGAGACUUAGAACCG